GGUGCUGAUGGCGGCGCCGCGCGCGGUGCUGCUGCUGAGCGGGAAGAGGAAAUCGGGGAAGGAUUUCGUGGCCGAGGAGCUGCGGAGCCGGCUGGGCCCUGAUGUCUGCACCAUUCUGCGCCUCUCCGGGCCCCUCAAGGAGCAGUACGCCAAGGAGCAUGGCCUGGACUUUCAGCGACUCCUGGAUGCCAGCGCCUACAAGGAGGAGUUCCGUCAGGACAUGAUCCGCUGGGGCGAGGAGAAGCGCCGUGCUGACCCCGGCUUCUUCUGCCGGGCAGCGGUGCAGGGGGCUCUGCAGCCGGUGUGGGUGGUGAGUGACACACGGCGCCUCUCAGAUGUGGAGUGGUUCCGGGCCGCCUACGGGGACGUGGUGCAGACCGUGCGGGUGGUGGCUACUGAGGAGACAAGGAAGAGGAGGAACUGGGUCUUUGUCACUGGGGUGGAUGACGCUGAAUCUGAGUGCGGCCUGGACCAGGCAGUGGCCUUUGAUUGGGUGAUCACCAAUGAUGGGGAUAAGGUGGCCCUGGACGAGCAGCUGGAGGUGCUGGUGCAGUCUCUCCACAGCAGCCUCUAGUUCCAUGUCUCUCCACUGGGGCUUGGGGACUGCAUCAUCCCCCUCUUCCCCCCAGCUCCUCAGCAUGUCCCCCUCCACCUCCUGCUGAUGAUGCUUCCUGUUCUGGAAUAAAGCUGUGACACAGAACCGCU